AUGUACGAAUAUCAUUACAACGUGAUGAAACGUCAUUACGGCGACAAUAUCAGCCUGCUGUACACCGAUACUGAUUCUCUGAUAUAUCACGUUAAAACACUCGAUUUUUACGACGAUGUGGCGAAUAAUCCGAACUUGCUGAAUCGCAUAACCACAUCUAAUCUACCACCUGAUCACAGAUGUUACACUUUGGCACGUAUGAAAUUACCUGGAUACUUUAAGGACGAGAUUUCAGCCCGAAAUAUGCGUCAGUUUAUCGGAUUACGCGCCAAGUCGUAUGCCUACGAUAUCGAGGGUGCCGUAAAUAUCAGGUCAGGAGUCCGGGGACAUGUUAUUAGAAAUCACCUGACUUUCAACGAUCACAUGCGAUGUUUAUUCGCCGACAACGACGACGAUGGUUCGGACGCGGAUGAUUAUCGUGAUAACGAGUUCGACGCGUCGACGGGAAGGCUGAUAGCUCGAGAUUGCGCGCGUAUUGUCAUUAAGAAUAUACACCGAAACGCCGUGAUUGCAGCGAUUCCACCGACAACUACACAACACCCGCCGUCUACACCACCACCACCUCUACCUACACAACAACAAUCAUAUAUGCCGUAUACGGCGUAUAGAGAGAAUAUAUCGAUCCGUUCGUAUAAACACCAAGUCAGCACGAUCAUUGUGAUACAUUCUAAUCGAAUUUAA